UCCGCCGCAGUCAUGUGAUACGGGAUUCCGUUAUGAUGUAGUCGCACUUGCACACUUACCUAUCUUACAUUGGUCGUGCGCAAGUAGUAAUUAUUUUAAUAAUAACAAUAUUAAUAUGUGAUUCUUUUAUGGUUAUUUUUGGAACGGAGAAAAAAACAUACAAACAAUCAAACGCAAAUGCAAUACCUACCUAAAAAUCAAAAUAUAUUGACCGGGGUAUAUAAGUGGUGACUACCGUGGCCGCCGUUUCCGGUCCAUCGCUCAUCGUCCGCCGUGCGUGAUAACCUAUCGGAUAUUUUCGCGUCCCGUCCACUACUAUCAGCGCCAAACUUUUAAUUAUUUUUUUUUUGUCAAAAUUAUUAUUUUUAGUGUGUAUAUUAUAAUAUAUUAUCGAUUACUAAUAUGUUUUAUAACUGCUACGGCAAGCAGCCGUUGCUGGUUGCAUAAUGAACGCCGCCGUUUGUGGUCGUUGAUGGUGGACGUCCACCGCCGCAGUCGACAUGUCCGUGUCGGAGGACGAAUCGUCGGUAAAAGUGGCCGUCAGGAUACGGCCACAGAUCGCACGCGAAGUGAUCGACGGCUGCCGAAUAUGUACCAACGUAACUCCUGGCGAACCCCAAGUGACUCUGGGCUCAGACAAGUCGUUUACGUACGAUUAUGUGUUCGACACCCACGAAAACCAACAGACGGUCUACGAGGACUGUGCGUCCAGUCUUGUGGCCGGCGCCCUACAAGGUUACAAUGCCACGGUCCUCGCUUACGGCCAGACUGGUUCUGGCAAAACUUACACGAUGGGCAGUGGAUUCGAUUUGGAAAAUGUCGACGACUCGGAUCCGUCCGCCACAGGCAUAAUUCCUCGGGCCAUACACCAAUUGUUCGACGGAAUACAAAACAUAAAACAACAAUCGAUGGACAACGGUGAACCACCGCCCCAUUUCACAGUUACUGCACAGUUUUUGGAACUCUACAAUGAAGAAAUAAUUGACUUGUUCGACACGGCGUGCGAUUAUUCUUCGGCCAAAUCCAAAAACGGUAUUCGCAUCCACGAAGACAUGCAACACAACAUAUAUGUUACGGGAGUUUCGUGGAAAACGAUCAAUUCGGCGAGUGAAGCUCUGUCCAGUUUACGACAAGGAGCGUUGUCGCGUACAACUGCGGCCACCGCGAUGAAUUCGCAGUCUUCGCGAAGUCACGCCGUGUUCACUAUUAAUAUUCAACAAAAGCGAUUUGUGAAACAGGAGGACGAAGGAACCGAGUCGACUUUAGAAGAAUGCGGAACAAAUUCAACGGGCAAUCGAAAUGCCGGCGAAUUUGAAACGCUCACUGCCAAAUUUCAUUUCGUCGACUUGGCCGGCUCGGAGCGAUUGAAAAGAACCGGAGCCACUGGCGACAGAGCUAAGGAAGGGAUAUCGAUCAACUGUGGACUAUUAGCGUUGGGAAACGUCAUAUCGGCCCUCGGAGAUAGAUCACGGAAAGUCAUGCACGUGCCUUAUAGAGAUUCAAAACUAACUCGAUUACUUCAAGAUUCUCUAGGAGGCAACAGUCGUACCGUUAUGAUAGCUUGUGUGUCGCCAAGCGACCGAGAUUUUAUGGAAACUCUCAACACAUUGAAGUACGCCAACAGAGCUCGUAAUAUCCAAAACAAGGUAGUGAUAAACCAAGAUAAAUCGUCGAGGACGAUCCAGAUUUUACGCCAAGAAAUCCAACAACUCCAAUUAGAAAUCAUGGAGUACAAACAGGGCAAAAGAACUGUAAACGAAAACGGAGAAGAAUGCGUAAACGACACUUACCUGGAAAACAACAUGUUACAAACGGAAAUAAGUAACAUGAGAACUCGCAUUAAAGCCAUGCAAGAAACCAUUGACGUGUUGACCACAAAAAAUACACAGUUGUUGGCCGAAAAAGCUACGGGAGCUUGGUUGAACACGGACGCCGGCUUGGAGUCCAACAUGGCCGACGUCAUUCAAGGUUAUUUGAAAGAAAUUGAAGAGCUCCGGGCAAAGCUAUUGGAAUCCGAACACAUGUGCGGACAACUGCGUAAAAACGCUUCUUCGCCGGUAAAAAGUCAUUUCACCAAUUCGAAUAACGACGAGUACUCUUCGAAAGAAUUAAUCGCCAAAGCCAAGUUGGAACUCGAGAACGAAAAACAAACAUUACAACGAUUGAUUUCAGUCAAGUCGCAUGGUUCCGAUAGUGAAUCGACAGACUCUGCCGACAGCGAAGAUAACUCGUCGGACGACGAAGACGAGAGAGCGAGCGUCGACAGUCAAUACAGCCAAGAGCUGGCCAACCUGACUUCGGAGAUAAAUUUAAAACAAAAGCUCAUCGAAGAAUUAGAACUAUCACAACGUAGACUAGCCAACUUGCGGCAACACUACGAAGAAAAGUUGCAACAACUUCAAACCAAAAUUAAACUCACUCAAGACGAACGAGAUACGGUUUUAACGUCUCUCGGGAGCAGCAACACAAACAACCAAUCGGAAAAAGUCAAAAGGGUAAAAGACGAUUACGAACGAAAACUCACUACGAUGCAGAAAGAACUCAAGUCUUUGCAGUCGGCUAGAAAAGAACAUGCUAAAUUGUUGCGCGAUCAAUCGCAAUACGAGAAUCAGAUUAGGACUCUUAGAUACGAAGUGAACGACAUGAAGCGGACCAAAGUAAAACUAAUGAACAAAAUCAAAGAGGAAACGACGCGACACCACGAGUCCGAGAUGAAGAAGGCCAAAGAGAUAGCGCAACUCAGGAAGGAAUCCAGAAGGGCCGAAAUCAGAAUGCGCAAUCUUGAAUCCAAGUCUCGUAUGCGCGACGUCGUGUUGAAAAGAAAACAAGAAGAGGUGACGGCGCUUCGUCGAGCCGCAAGAGCGAUGAACAACAGAGGUAGUGCGACCGGUGCCAAAGCUAUCCAAAAGAAUUCCAAACAAACUUGGAUUAAUUUGGAGAAAAACAUUUCCGCUUUAACGCUCAACAAACAGACUUUGUAUUCGUUGGAAAAAGACAUGGAAAGGCUGUUACAAGAAAGAAUGAAAUUGCAUUCGGACUUGGACUUUAAGCUUAAAAAACUAGCCGACGCCCAAGUGCAACAGCCCCGCGACAGCAAUCUGCAUCGUGAUUUCGAAGACGAAAUCGAAGCAAUUCGAGCCAACUUGGACUACGUGGACGAAAGCAUCAAAGAACUCCAAGAGAACAUAUUGCAAAUCGAAGAUUCCAAAACGGCCACCGAAAGCCUAGAGCUGAACAAUCGUGUGACCAACAUGACCGACGCCGUGUACGUUAUGGAAAAACUCUAUCAAAUGUCUCUGCACAAUUCUUGUUUGGCCGCUCAACGAGAUAUCAGUGUAAAAGAAUUGGAGACCAAAAUGCAACAAUUGGAGAAAGAAAACGAAAUACAACGACAACUCAUUGAACAUAUGCUGUCGAGUCGCGAUCGUAUGAUCGACUUGCCGACAAGUAUGACCACCAGCAGCGACAGAGAUGUACGAUCCGUAAUGAGCUCUACUUCUUCGUCCCGUUCGGCGUCUCCCACGGAAAUGACAACUAGCACCAGAAGUGAUACGGGGACGAGUAAGCACAGGCGUAGACCGGCCCAAGCGCAAGAGCUACUUUACGCCUCCAAAAAUAUCGAACCGCAACAACCUCAGAGAAUACCGUUGGUGCGUGUUCCUAGUGCCUCGUCGUUCUUACGACCCGACAAGUACAGACCUUCGCCGGUUAUGGGUCGCAAGCAAGUCGAACGGCAAGAGUCUGUCUCGCCCCGGAUGAUUAGACGAGGCACGUUUAUCAUCGCUCCCAACACAAAUCUAUUAGGCAAACCAGGUUCAAUGGAUCGACUAAACAAAAGCCCUCCGAAUUCACCGCCCGCUUAUCGCCGAACCGUCAGCAGAGACGAAAAUGUGUUUUCUCGUCUCACGUCUAGCACCACGCAAUUCGAUCAACACCGUUCCAAAGGAGUGAUUCAGCCUUUCCACGGAAAAACAUCGAUGAAAUCGCCUUUGAUCUGCACUCACAUCACCGAAGGUCAUUCUAGAGCCGUGUUGGCCGUUUGUGCAACCGAAGAUUUAUUGUUUAGCGCUUCAAAAGAUAAGACUGUAAAAAUUUGGGACCUCAAUAAUGGUAAAGAAAUACAGACGUUGAGCGGCCAUCCGAAUAGCGUAGUCGCAAUCAAGUACGACGAGUAUACCCAACUGGUGCUGAGCGUUACUUCUUCGUACGUCAGAGUUUGGGACAUGCGGCAAUCGAGAUGUAUUAAAACCCUCAGUUCGUCCGGUAUCGUAAACAACGGCUCGGUCAUGUCGUCUCAAAUUCCUGUCGGAGAGAUCUUGUUGAACGAUAUCGCGUUGAACAAUCACGGCCGAACACUGUACAUGGCGUCCGGGGACAAAGUCAAGAUUUGGGACAUGAGAAAGUUUGCGAUUCGCGGCAAACUGAGCGGCGGUCAUACGGCAGCUGUCAUGUGUCUGGCAAUUGGUCGGCUCGGCAGCAAAGACAUUGUCGUCACCGGGUCCAAGGACCAUUACAUAAAAAUGUUCGAGGUCGGCGAAGAGGCCGUCGGCACUUACAACCCCACCGUCAAUCUGGAGCCGCCUCACUACGACGGCAUCCAGUCCCUGGCCAUCCGCCACAAUAUUCUCUUCUCGGGCUCCAGAGAUUACGCCAUCAAAAAAUGGGACCUCGACAAACAGGACUUGGUGACCUCGAUAAACAACGCUCACAAAGAUUGGAUCUGCGGCUUGGCGAUGGUGCCCGAUCAGCCGUUGCUGUUGAGCGUCUGUCGCAGCGGUUCGUUGAAAAUGUGGUCGGAAUCGACGUGCGCCCUUCUCGGCGAGACCAAAGCGCACGACUCUCAGAUCAACGCUAUCGCGACCAACUCGACCCACGUUUUCACCGCAGCUCAGUACGUGUUGACGAUGUUUUUUAUAAUAUUAGCGUACACAUUGUGUAGUAGUGGUGGUACGGUGGUGGCGGGCAAUUUUUGCAUGUGGUGUGUGUAUGCGAUGAUUUCAGCCGCGGUGAGGUCAAGAUGUGGCGGGUCGUAUAGAACGUCGAGUUUGCGUCGCCCAUGACCGUGGUGUCGACGGCACACUUGUUCGCGGCGGACUUGUGACGAUCACGACCAGGUUAACACUUACGCAGACACUUGUACUACGACUCUUGUUAAUUUUUUAUCUUAUUUUAACAAUAAUUAAGAAUUAACACAAAUUGUUAUUAUUUCAUAUCUUUAAGUUUUUAUUUUGUUUUAUGAUUUUUAAUUUUUCGCAUAUACACAACAACAAAUCUAGUAUUUACGCUUUAAAUGUGUCGCAUGAACGCCGUAGAUUGCAGCUCAGUACAAUUAUAUUAUUUGUAUACAAGCCGAUCCGUACUGUUAAUGUUAAUAGACAAUGCGGUGGCCGAUAUUCUUUUGACGUUGUGACGGUUAUUCGUAACAAACCUGGGCAUUGUUUAAAUAGUAUUUAAAAAUAAACGGUCAAACGACGAUUGAAAAUACAAACUCAAAGCGUAAACAUCAUAUAUUAUUUUUUAUAUGAACAAAAUAUAUCCAAAUUUUAUGCAACUUACAUUACAACGAUAGUUUGUCGUUGCCUUCAAACGUCAUCCGAACAUUCUGUCAUUUCAUACCGCCCAUUGCUAAUAAUCAUUUUAUUUAAUUUUUUUUUGCUGAUCAUAUUAUCAUAUUUUUGUGGUUAAGGGUUUAUUAUUUGAAUAAGUGUUGUUGCUUGAGUUUUUUCAUAAGAUCAUAUUGUCGAUAUUUUUAUUUAAGUUAAUUGUUACCGUAAAAUUAUGUGUAAAAAAAAAAAUGAAAUUUGUAAAUAUAUAAUUGAUUAUUCUGUCGACGCGUUAUUAUAUAGAAAACGUUGUGUAAACAAUCUCAAGUAUUUUUUUAUGUGCAUAUUUCCCCAUCACCGCUUUAGAUGAAUCAUUCAAUAUAGAUCUCCUUUUUUUCUUCUUCUUCCUUGCCUACGUAUCAACUUGGUUUUUUUUUGCAUGUUUGUUACUCUUUAAACGUAGUUAGUUGGUGUA